CUGAGCAGGGUUCCUCGCGGGGCGGGGGCGGCGCGUGCGGACCGCGCAGAGAGAGCUCGCGCCGCCGCGGCUCCCUCACACGCGUGCCCGAGCCUGGAGGGAGACUUGCUGAGUCAUCAGCAUGAGGUCACUCAACGCUCAUCCUGGUGCCGGGGGGAACCUGGGAGAAGGGCUGGGGGCUCGAGUGCCGGAGUCGAGGGGUAAAGGAGAGCCCCGGGAUCGCGGUGGGCGGGCUGCCCCGGCCGAGUGUGCGGGUGGGAGGCAGGGUGGUGAGGAGGAAGUGGAGCGGGUGCCAUUGCAGGUUGUCUCCGGGCUGGGAGGUGACGCACCUUGCCUGGCCAUCCCCUGCCUGACACGCUUUUCUCGGGCAGCGGUCUGGUACCCUUUCUGAGGCAGUUCCCCGAACUGGGAACUAGUUCUGUGAGCUGAGAGGAGGGGAGGAGCUUAGGGGGGCAGUGCUGGCAGGCUGAGAAGGAUGGGCAGCCCCAAGCCAGAGAGGGCGGCAGUGGGAGGAAGAGAGGACAGGGCUCCUGGACUGGUGACAGGGGACGCUCCACCAGGACGUUGCAGCAGGAGUUAGAAGCCAGAAGGCUGAGGGAUCCAGUGAGCUUACUGUGCAUGUGUCCAUGCUCAGCUUGGGGUGAUGGGAGCUGUGGGGGUGCCUGGCCUUGGUGCACCAGGCCUUGGGGAACAGCAGAUGGCCUGGUGUGGACAGUGCGGGAUGGGAGAAUGCAGUGUCCUGUGACCUCAAGGUGUCCCCUCCUGAGGCUGUGUUUGGAGAAGUCAGCAAGGAAAAGGGGCCUGGUGGAUGUUGAUAUUUUGGUCCUAGUGGCCAGGCACUCUUGGGAAGUGACAGCCCAAGCGUGGUAUAGCCUGAGCGGGCUCUCUUGGGGUGUAUGAGUGGUUCCUGGCCCUGGAGCUCAGGGAUUCAUCAGGUUGGCCUUGUGGUUUGCCCUCAGGGGUGCCACACCCCCCAAAUCUCACAUUUGGUCCCCUGGGGCUUAGAGAUGUUUUCACACUUCAGGGAACCCUUUGCUGGAGUUGUAUCCUUUAGGAAAAUGCAGGUUCCGGGAGGAUGUUGUUUUUGUCUUAGGACUUCUUUGUGCUUGAGUGAAGGUUUAGACUCUCAUCUCAGAGUGCCUUCCUAGCUGAGGGCUCUCUGGAGGAGGUGGGCCUGAAAGGCUGGUGGGAGCUGGGCUGGGGCAUCCACAGUGUCCUCAGGUGUGCCUGGCCCACUGGGGCUGGCAGGCCAGGAUGAACUCUGCUUCUGCCGUGUCCAGGCUGUAGGGUUGGGCACAAGGGGAAGGGGAUGCCGUCCAGACCACUUCCCUUUCCUGAUCCUCAAUUUGGUGGGUGACCCAGGGCCCUCGGUGGACCCUCGGACAGCUUCUCCACAUGGUGGGCUCAGCCUCUGGGAGGGUGCAGGGUUGGUCUUUUGUCAAGAGGAGGAUUUUCAGUUGUGCAGAGAGAGUCUGCUCACUGCGCCCCCGGGUUAUGACGACCCCCAGUAAAGGAAGCAAGGCCUUGAAGGUGAAGCGGGAGCCUGGUGAGAAUGGCACCAGCCUGACGGACGAGGAGCUGGUGACCAUGUCUGUGCGGGAGCUGAACCAGCACCUGCGCGGCCUCUCCAAGGAGGAGAUCAUCCAGCUGAAGCAGCGCCGGCGUACACUCAAGAAUCGUGGCUAUGCGGCCAGCUGCCGCGUGAAGCGGGUGACACAGAAGGAGGAGCUGGAGAAGCAGAAGGCGGAGCUGCAGCAGGAGGUGGAGAAGCUGGCCUCGGAGAAUGCCAGCAUGAAGCUAGAGCUUGACGCCCUGCGCUCCAAGUAUGAGGCCCUGCAGAACUUCGCCAGGACCGUGGCCCGCAGCCCGGUGGCGCCGGCCCGGGGCCCCCUCACUGGCGGCCUGGGGCCCCUUGUCCCUGGCAAGGUGGCUGCCACCAGCGUCAUCACGAUAGUCAAGUCCAAGACAGAUGCCCGGUCGUAGGGACGUGUGCGCCCCGGUGGGUCAGCGAGGGGCCGCCAGGCACGUGGUGAGCUCGGCAGUCCUGUCCCCCUUUCUUCCCUCUUCCUCUCUGUUCCUUCUUCUUCCUCUCAACUUCCUUCCUGCCCUACAAAGCACAACCUCCACCAGGCGGGUGCCGGGCUGAGCCCCAUUGAUUUUGUUGUGUCCUCGUGUGUCUUGUACGUUGGGAUUGGUCAGUUUGGUGGUGAUGUUGGGUCACCCCUUGCCCCCUUGUACCAAGGCUGUGUGGGCUUAGAGUCUGCCCCGUGGAGGUGGACGAGGGAGUGGGAGAGAGGUGGGACCUGUGUGUCCCUAAAUAGGGGCCCUCCAGUAGGAGGCCCCUGACUGCUGCCACCGGUUGGAGGGGGGCGCUGCGUGACUCCUUCUAGACAGACCCGCGGGCAGCUUGGCCCCGCUCUGAAGAGCAGGUGUGCCCCCUGUGAGGCCCCUGCGGGCUGAGCCCAGCUGGGCCCAGCAGCCAGGACAUGGUGAGGCUGUGGGCCACGGGUGCAGCGCUCGGACCUAACGUAUUGCACUGAAUGAGACCAAAAUCACUGGUUGUGUGCGUCUGUGAAGGGUGUGUCCAGUGUAUCCUCUCGGUGGGUCCUGUUUCACUGUUUACAUGAUCUGUUUGUGUGGUUAAAUAGCCCUGAAAAGAGAGAGUAAGUUCCUUUUACGAAGUUAUUAAAUUAUAUGUUUAAAAGCUACAGAAAAAAAAAAAGCUGCAAAGUAUUUAUAAAACUGUCUUUUUAAAAAAAAAAAAAAAAAAAAAGGCAAGAAGAGCAUUUGACCCUGUCAGUGGAAAAGGGAAGAAAGCGUAACAGAAGCUUUGGUAGUUCAAAAAAAGAAAAAAAAAGCCCUUUCUUGUAAAUUUAUGGACAACUCUUUGUGGCUGUUGGAGUUUAGUUUUUAUAAACACAGAGUUAUCAGACAUUAUUUAUAAAACUUAGUUUAAAAAAAGACAGAAAAAAGAAAAAAAAAAAAAGCCAAACCGCGAACCCCCCCAGGCGCGUCCUAACGUCCCCUUUGAUAUCUCUUUUGCAAUUGUACCGAAAGUGACUUAGGCCUUGCCCUAUCUGCUUCCGUCUCUUGCCGGUGCCGUGGUUUUGUUGUGCCUGGUGAGGUCUUGUGUGGCCGUAACGUGCUGGUGCUUCUGGUGACCUUUGACCUGUGGGUGUCACUUCUCGUAUCUGUUCCCCCGUGUUUGUUUUUGGGACUUGGUUGUGAUCUUGCACCUGCUGGCUUGCCGGGCCAGGGUGCUGGGCAGCACGGCCUCUCCUUCUUCCCACGCUACCCUGUACCCCUUGGUGGCCUGGCCUUGCUCUAGGUGUAUGUUGGAUGCAGAUACUGGGCUCUGCUCCCCACCCCUGUUGACCCUCAGCUUCCUGCGUGUGCGUGUGUGUGAGAGUGCGUUUGUGUCUCUAGGACUUGGGCUGGGCCAGUGACAGGGCAGGUGGAACUGGGGGCCUCUCAGUGGCCUCCCAUACUGCCUCCAUGUCCACUGCCUCUGGCCUUGGGCGGUGGCCUGGCAGGGACCCAAGAGUCACUGUGGGUGCCCAUGGGGUGUGGCCCAGCUGCCCCAUCUGUCUUCCUCAUUGUUUCUUAUCAGCAGCACAGGUCUGGCCUCAGCUUUGCUCCUGGGCUUCCCUCGUGACCUCUGUCAGCUGCUGGGCCAACACGGGGGGCUAUGACCCCACCGCCCACUUGUCCCACAAGUGUUUCAGGGCUGGGGUGGUGCUUCCCCAGGAGCAGGGCUUCUUCGUAUCCCUGCCUCGCCCCAAGGGCCUGGGGAGUGGGUCUCUAUCAGUGCCAGCAAGGGCUAUGACCUCAACGCUGGGCCCUUCCCCCCUCCCCCUGUGCAGGCCUACAGCUCUCAGCUCCAGGCCCUUCUUCCACCUCCCUUUGGGAUCUUUGUCUUCCAGGGACCAGCUGCUUGGCUUUCAGAGGCACUUCCGCUCAAGCCAGGGCUGCUGCCUCCCCAUGCUGGCCACUGGACGGGCAGAUGACCCUCCAGCCUUGGUACAGGAAGCUCCUGGUAGGGUGUGUUGGGUCGGCUCACAGCAUGGCCUGAGAUGCUGCAGCUCUGUUUCUGGCCACGGGGGCUUGGCUUCUCCCAGGGUUGCUGGCCCGUAUCUCCAGAGCGCUAGAGAAUACAGGUGAGGGUUGCUGAGGAGAAUAAGAAGCGAGGCGGGCACCCGGGACAGCCUUGAGGCAGUGGUGUCUUGUCAGCGAGUGUGGCCACACACGUGCUUGCGGUCGUGGCAGGCACGUGCCAUACAUGGUGUAGCCUCUCUGGGGCUCUGCUCAGAUGCUCCUGGCUGGCCCACAAACAGCUCUGUGACUCCAAGUCCCUCCAUGGUUUAAGCCCUCCCUGGCGUCGGGCUUUGUCCCUCUCGGGUCCAGGCUGCAUUGCCAGGGUGGUGAUGUAGCAGUGAGUUCCAGCUGUAUCACCAGGAGCCUGAAAGAGAGGGUGUGAUGUGGUGGAGCGAGGAGGACAGACCUUCCAUUCCCUUGCUCUGUUCUCACUUUUGUCAUUGGCGUGGGAGCUUGUCGUCUAUCUCUAAGUGCCUCUGCAGGCCACAUACGGCCAGCUGGGAGAGCAGAGGCAGGAAGUGGGUGAGGCGAGGAAGGGCUUGAUGGUGAGCAUUGUGGCAGCAGGUACCGGUCCUUAACUCAGCCUGUGGAAGAAGCUGCUCUGGAGUGAGUGACAUCGUGAGAAUGCCGUGCUUGCAUUCAUGGUGUUUGGACUUGAAGCCACUGUUCUGGGUCUGCGGGAGCCUUCCCGUCCUGCCAAGCCAGCCCUAAGGGGCUGCUCUGCCCCUCUGCCCCUCUGCCCUUUUCCCUUGGUUUCUUGGCACUAGAUCCGUGUCCACGUGUAACUGUUUUGUGUCUGUCUAAUCCUUGUUGAUUGAGUUUUCUACCGUGAACGUGUUGUGUUCUGUUUUUUCCUUUCUCUCC